AUGCCCACUCUGCAAAUAAACGCCUCUCAUAGCGGGCGAGAUAGAAAAUGGGCUGGCAAAAUGCUUACUAGCUCACAUGCUACCGAAAACCAUUCCAGUAAGUGAGUAUAAAUUCAUUCGCCUUGCCCAGAGAAAAGUUGAAGUAGCUGUACUAAAGCUCAAAAUACACAACCCAUCAUUCACCACCUCUCCACCUUGACACUUCAUCACUCACAACUUCGAUUACAUAUUGCAACGAAUAGCCUAUAAGUCUUGUGACCAAUCUGUUCGUCUGCCAGUAUUCAUUAAGCUAAUUGACCCCUGUAGCAAUAUGUGCAAGGCAACUAUCAUAACCGAUGUGAUACUUUGUGGACAUACGAUCGAUGCGGCGCCCUCUCUCGUUCCCGAUGGUUGCGGUGGUUGCGGGACUGCUACAUCGACCGUGCAUAUGGCGUCGUCGAAAAGGAAGACCCCAUGCGAGGAUUGUAAAGCGGAUGGGAAGUGGGUCCAGCAAAACGGCAAAUGGGUUAAAGCUUAA